AUGCAACUCCCUACCCUCGCCGUCAUGCUCUCCCUGGCCGCCUUUGGCGCUGCCCAGACAACCGCCAUCGGCUGCACCCAUGGCAACUGCGGAUCAAGCGGUGGGCAGCCCGCCAUCUACCAGUGCAACAAUGGGCAACAGCGGCUCGUGUCCAUCUGCGGUAACCGUUGCGAGUACAUCAACGGCUCUCCGUUCUGCAAAUGA